AUGGAAGCCUCGCGAGAGGAGCGGCAACAAAUGCGGCAGCGUGGAGCUGCGACGCGCAAAGCAAGAGAAGUCAAUUUUGGGUUCUCAUUUGAGUCAACUGCGAACACAGACCACGCUAAACACAACACCACGGCCGUUGAAGGUAUCGCAACCAGGAUCGCAAGUCCGGGGGUUGAACGCACACCGGGGAGUGCGCGUAACAAGCUCCCAGAAAGACCCUCGACAUACGAAAUACCCUCCUCCGAUGAUAGAUCUGAACAAACACGAAGUAAUAAGAGGAGAAAGACCAACCCUACUAAUGGAACAGAGGAUACUCCUUCUCGUCGUAAUACUGGGCGAAUUGAGAAUGCCGAUCCACACCCUGUUGAUAACAGUGCAGGUAGCACAGAGUCGCAAACAAGUCACGCCCAGGAAUUUCCUAAUACAGCACAUUCUCCGUCGGAAAUAACGAACAAUCAAUCCACACAGCCUCACAUCCCACCCAUUGCGGAGACCUCGGUCCAAGAUCAGCAUCCGAUAGAAGAGAGGACCAAUGACGUUGGACCAACAACAUCAGCCACUGGAGAGAAAAUAGCCCAAGACACAUCUCCCGUGUCUGAUCUUACGGCGCCCGAAGUAGCUGAAGAACUACAAGUGCCUCUUUCAUCACCUGAGGCUCAGGCCGGGGUCGAACAGCCUAAGAACAUAGAACAACUAUAUGAGAAACGACAAAACACUCGGUCACCACCACGGUCCGAGGAGCGCAUUCAAGGAAACAACGUCUCCGAACUGGCUACCUCGGCAAUCACUUCUUCAAUUGUGCAGGCAGAUAAUUCUGUCCCAGAGUCUUUAUCACCACGUGGUAGCUCUGCGGAGGUUGUUAAAGUUGGCCAUGUGCUGACUGCUGAUGAUGAUGUCGAGAUGACUGAAGAUGUUCUAUCAUCCAAUGAUGAGCAACCAGAACAAGCCAACCAAACAUCCCAAGGGCCCUCUACAACGUCGGAAACGCCCCAGGGUCGCCCACACCAUCAACCCACCGCGGAGAACGCUACGGAACUGCAGGUUCAAGAUGCAAUACAAGAACCUACAACCCGGGUGCAAGAUAAGACCAUGGCAGCCCAAGUUGAGGGAGUUUCAAAGACCAAACGGCCUCGUGGAAGACCCUCGCUUCACAAGAAGACCAUCGAAGCUAUUGAGACUGAGAAUACUUCACCCGAACCUAUCCCAGAUGUUGCAGAGUCUUCUUCGGGGCCACGCCGGGGUCGUGAGCCAACAUCACAAAAGGAUGAUCAGCCGGAAUCUCUGGUGGAAUCUUCAGUACCCAAGCCACGCCGGGGUAGACCUGUGAAGAAAGCAAACCACGUAGUGGAGCUUGGAUCCGAAGCUGAGCCUGUGACAGCGGAUCAGGCGGAGCCAGAGAUGGAGUCUGCUCUGCCCGAGCCAAAACGAGGCCGGUCUGGGAAGAAAGCCAAACGCGCAGCAGAGACUGACCUCGAACCCGAGCCGGAACCUGCCACAGCAGACGAGCCACAACCAGAACCUGUAAUGUCGAAGUCUCGUGGCAGACCCAGGAAAAAGACGCGAGAAGCAGCCGAACAUGAGACGGAGGUUCAACUGGAGCCUGAAGUGGAAACUACAGUAUCCAGCUCCCAGCGUGGUAUGCGCGGAAAGAAGGCCAAUCGCGCGGUGGAGCCCGAACCCGAACCCGAGAAUGUCACAAAAGAUCAGCCGGAACACGGAGCAGUAUCUGCAGCGCCCAAGUCACAGCGCGGCAGACCAGGGAAGAAGGUGAAGCGCGCAGCGGAGCCCGAGCCUGAACCUGAGACAGAAUACCAACCCGAGGCUGAGCCGGUACAAGAACAGCCUCGUCGCAAGGCUCGAGAGCCUCGUGGAGAAACAGUCCCGGUCACUGUCUAUCGUCUCGCCAAUGUCAAUUCUUUAGGUGGUAUAACAUCUACGGCCGACGGAUCCGAAGACGAAGAAUCUGCCGAUGAACUCACCACGCACCAGAAGGCCAAAAUACCCAACCGUGGGGGUGUCAACCCGGCUGAUGUAUUGAGUCAGAUCUGCCGCGAGACUCUGGAGAAGACACUCAAUACACUCAAGGAUGGGAUUGCCAACGAGGCGAACGCUACGCGACGUGCAGAGUGGUCUCGCAAGAGAAAGGCCGUCGAAGUAUUUGGCUCCGAGCUUGAAAGUCGCCUCAUGGACCUAAGCGGGAUACUAGAUAGCAACUUUGUCCUUGGCGUACAAUUGAAGAAGACCAAGCGGGAAAUGAUGGAUCUACGGAAUCAUCUGUACCGGGUCCGCCGGGAACGCGAGAACAUAGCUUUGCAGAUGGAUUCGGUGCGCAGCAGACACAUUGAAGAGGAGAAGGCCAAAUCGUCACGAUCCACGAUCAGCAAUUCUCUCCACAGCCUUGAAUUGGCCCUCGAUCGUAAUAAGCAACGUUCUGCUUCCGUUGCAGAUUCUCCCGCGGAUCUGGAGUACAUGCUUCGCACCGUUGCUGACGUGAGUUCCCGAGCCCCUGGAGCACAAGGCGGUCUCUUGAACCAAAUCCGGGCGUUCAAUGCACAGCUUGAGGCUACGGUUGGUCGCCUGGAGCGAUGA